AUGGAGGUCUUCGUUCGCGGGGUACCUGAACGAGCCACGGAAAAGCAGCUGGAGAACUGUUUUCGACCUAUCUUGAGCGAGCUUGGAGUUCUUGCCUGGGAUUGUCAGAAACGCAAAGGGAAGAAUUUCUGCUUCUUGAUCUUUCUCAAAGUGCAGGAUGCUGAGAAAUUCUUGGAUCGCCAUGGUCGGAUCAGUAACGGCCUAGGCCGUGAUUUCCUCCCUGCUGAGCGGACAGAUAUCAUGUUCAAUGGCAUUAAGCUCCUCUGUAGUCGAAGCAGAAAGUCUCCAGACGAGUGGGCGCUGAAGAACCUGCAGAUGGAGGCCAAAAACAGGCUAAAAAAGGCUACGAACCCUUCAGAAGGACAAUCAACUCCAAGUGUCGCUCCAAAGUCGCAGAGUGAGCUCCCGGUGCAUUCGAUAUCAUGCGGUGUUUGGGAUUUUCAGGGUUCGCAGCCAAUCUUCAUCGCAUACCGGAAGUGGAAAGUUACAGGCACCAUCCGCUUCACAGCGAACAGGACGAUCAUCAGGACGGAUAAAUCACAACGAAUUGAUCUCCUCUGUUCUAAUGUGCAAGAGACGGUUCUCAGUGGCGUUCCUAAUCCUGCGAUAACGAUUACCUGUAAUGAAGCCCCUAUGUUCUUUCGCAUUGGUCCGAACCAUCCCCAAAAUAGUGCUGCAUCCGUCACAGAUCUACUACCUAUGAUCCAAAGCAUGAACCUCAAUAGUCGACGAACAACAGAAAAUCGAACGAGGCUCCCCGCACUUGAUCUGGAACAUGGUGUGAUCGUGGGAAGUUGUCUCGUCUAUCAGGUUGGCCUGGCUCAAAUUAAUGUUAAUACCCAGAUGGAAGCCUUGGGCCAUGCACGUGGCCUCAAUCCGCCCGUUCGACAGAACAUCAUGGUCAAAUUUGCGACAACAUCCUUUCAAAGAGAAAUGGCUCCGCUCCUUCGGGCACUUGAAGCUUCAAUCCUUCCAUACUCCGUCAAAUUUCAAAUGCAGAAACUUGCGAGCGAAGGCUUCUUGUCACCCCAGUCAACAUUGGCUCUUCUACCAGAGAUACAGGGGCUUGGACGCCGAUGCAACCUUGAGACGUGUGUAGCCAUCAUACGCAAAUUAUUCAACCAACUGCCAUACAGAUGUUUCGAGGCAGACCCUAACGUUUUCUCCAUUGAUGCCUUGACGUCCCUCCUUAGAGACAAUGAGGCUCGCGUCAAGGACGGUGAAAUAGACUACCGCAAGCGUAUAGACUCCGAUAACAUUGCCUGCAUUCACAAAGUCAGUAUCACCCCUUCUCGAAUUUGUUUCUCAGGUCCAGAGCCAGAGAAUAACAAUCGAGUUCUUCGCAAAUAUCCUAAUCACCACGACUUCUUCCUGAGAGUUCAGUUCUGUGAAGAAGAUGGCGAGCCAAUACGCUACAACGCUCAGAUAUCAAAUGAUGAAAUAUUCCAGGGGCGAUUCAAGAAAUUAUUGAAUGAUGGCAUCAGCAUUCUUGGUCUUCGUUUCUCCUUUCUAGGAUUCUCUCAUUCUUCUCUACGCGCCCAAUCGUGUUGGUUUAUGGCUCCGUUCAUCUAUCAGGGAAGCUUACUUUUCUAUGGAAAGCUCAUUCAAGGACUAGGCGACUUCUCACGCAUUCGUUGCCCUGCAAAAUGCGCCGCUAGGAUUGGACAAGCCUUUUCGGAGACUCCAACAGCAAUCACAAUUGCUCCUGGCGUACAAAAGGAAAUCCCCGAUAUACAACGCAACGGCCGCUUCUUCAGUGAUGGUGUUGGAACGGUUUCAAAAGGAGUACUGCAAAAGAUCUGGUCUGGCUUGCCAGCUGCGAAGAAGGAGAGGCCUGUGUUGUUUCAGAUUCGAUAUGGUGGUGCGAAAGGAAUGAUUGCUCUUGAUAGUCGGCUUACCGGAGAUUCUCUCUGUCUUCGCCCCUCUAUGAUGAAGUUUCCAGGCUCGGAUUCCUUGGACAUUGAGAUCUGCAACAGUGCUUUCCAUCCCCUCCCAUACUAUUUGAAUCAACAAAGCAUUAAAAUUCUGGAAGAUAUGGGUGUUGAAGAUGAAUUCUUUCUCUACCAUCAAGAUCGAGAGGUCCGCCGGUUGCAAUCAACUACGUCAAGCUCCAAGUUAGCUUCAGACUUCCUCAAACGCCACGCUAUUGGCGAUCGUAUCAACUUGCCCUGGUUCAUCCGUAGACUCGAUGACUUGGGAUUUUCCUUCCAACAUGAUCCUUUUCUGAGUAAAGUCAUGGAGACAGCGAUUCUAAUUGAACUAAGGUCCUUGAAGUACAAAGCUAGAAUCCCAGUCGAAGAUGGAUACACCCUGCACGGUAUCAUGGACGAGACCGCCUUCCUCAAAGAGGGCGAAGUCUUUUGUAUAGUCGAAAAAGCUGGCAAGCCAUCUGUCAUUGUAGGUGACGUUGUUAUCACUCGAAGCCCAGCUCUUCAUCCUGGAGAUAUUCAGAUCGCAAAGGCGGUGAAAGUUCCAUACAAAUCACCGCUAUUGGAUCUACGCAACUGUGUAUGCUUCAGUCAACAUGGAUCAAGAGAUCUCCCGAGCAAGUUGAGUGGCGGUGAUCUUGACGGGGACCUCUAUCAGAUCCUCUUCGAUUCUAGAGCGAGACCAAAAUGCUCCUUCACGCCAGCGGACUACUCCCGGCCAACGCCCAUUGAUCUUGGUAGAGAGGUUGUACGCGAAGACAUGACUGACUUCUUCAUUACAUUUAUGGCCACUGAUCAGCUGGGUCGAAUUGCUAACAAUCAUAAGAUUUUAGCCGACCAGUCACCAGCAGGCACACUGGCAGGUGGCUGCUUGACACUGGCAGAAAUGCACUCCACAGCAGUUGAUUUUUCUAAGAGUGGAAUUCCAGUUGAUCUCAGGAAGAUGCCAAGAAUUAAGCCAUAUCGCCCAGACUUCAUGGCCUAUGGACCACACAUUACCGUGUCAAAGGGCAACCCACUGACGUUUGGCGAACCUGAACAAACUGAAGCCGAUGACGAGGAUGGCAUGCCCACUUAUAGGUACUACGAGAGCACCAAUAUCCUGGGAAAGCUGUUCCGCGCGAUCAACGAACAAAAGAUUUUCUCCAAUAUUCAAAAAUCAAGUCAGCCUCGAGGCACCAAAUCUUCACUCCUAUAUUGGACGCGGAAGCACAUUGCUGAAAACCUUGGAAUUCGUCUGAUUGAUCCUCAUAUGGAGCGAGCACGAGGAAUACGUGACGAGUAUGAAGACUAUGUUCGGAACAUAUCGUGGGAGUUCAGUCCGGAGAGGUCCCGACCACUGAGUGAGCAGGAGGUCUUCAUUGGAAAUAUCCUGGGUAAAACUGGUGCGCAAAGCAAGCGGCAACACGAUUUGUCUGUGAGCAUGAACGAACGUUACAACGCAGAUCUGGCGUACAUCGUGAGCUGCAUCGUUAAAGAAAGCGAUGAUUUAAGCGACAGCAUUGGACGAAGUGCAGCUUGUUUCGUAGCCGGCAUAGAGGGAGACCCGGGGGAUCCAGCGGCGAGAAGCGGCGAGGAACUAGUGAGUUUCUGCUAUGUGUCUGCAGCGCUGUAUUUGAGAGAGUUCGAGCGGGCUCAUAAGACUCCAAUUUAUGGCGGCACUGGACUCCCGAGGUUUCUGGCUGCUUGA